UCUACUGCUCCACCGUCACCCUGGAUAUCUGACGCUUCCUCGUGGAUCUUUAAACAUCUCAAACGUCACAACUGCAACAUGGAAGUUUGUUAAAGUUUCCUCCGGGACAGAUUCUUCAGAAACAUGUUGAUCACAAAGAUUGAAGCCAAGGAGGCCUGUGAUUGGCUGCGAGCAGCCGGCUUUCCUCAGUAUGUGCAAUUAUUCAAAGACUGCAGGGUCCCCGUCGACGUGGAGUGUGCGAAGCGUGAUCACCGCUUCCUGGAUCAGGACGCUCUGGACUCGCUCUGCAGGAGAUUAAGCACUUUAAACAAAUGCGUGGAGAUGAAGCUGGAGCCGCGGAGAUCAAAACGCAGG